CAUCUUCUUCUUGGUUUCAGCUGCGCACAGGGAAUCCGUGAAGCUCCUGUGCCAGACACAGAGAGAGCAAACCGUGCAGCGGUGCAGGCCAGCGCGAUCCAGCUCCCAUCAGUGGGCGCGCCCGCCGUCUCUUGCGACCCUGUCUUCUUGGUUUCUUGGCGGGGUCGUCCUGCUCGUGUCGCGCUGCCCACAACCCGCGUUCUGUCGCGGCAUCCGCCGUGGAUCUUGGCCCGGGUUGUCCCUAUAUCACGCAGAAAAAAGGGCCAUCCCCCCCCCCCCCCCCCCCCCCCCCCCCCCCUUCGCCCUCGGGUUCGUUACUGAGUGUGCCGGAGUGGUAUUCGUGUUCCGCCGGGUGCCGAGGUGGCCUCGCGGUCUUCUGCCGUCUCAUCGUCGCCUGCUCCCCGUCGCGUUCAUCCCGAGGCAUAUCUUGGUCUUGUAAUUGUAUAAAAAGAAGGUUUGGGGAAUCAGGUUUAUCUAACCAGUGGACAUGGUAUCAGUUAAUCUUGGGUUAGUUCAUUAUGUACUGGACCACAUAUAUGGAACACUUCUUCAUCGCACCAAACUAGGAACACCAUUUUUCUCAAAAGGAUGGGGAGGUACCAAACUUGAUUUGCUAGAGAAGAUGGUGAAGCAGUUGUUUCCCGAGGCACGUUGCCAAAACUGGCCACCAACUGCUGUGCAGCCAAUGUGGAAAACAGUAUGGGAGACAAACAAUUCUUGUCUGCGAGAAGGAGUUUUCAGGACUACAUGUGAUGAGCGACUAAUCGAUGCAUUGCCACCUGAGAGUCACAAUGCAAGAGUUGCUUUUCUUACCCCUAAAAAUGUUACACCUGAGAAGAUGUCAUGUGUGGUCCAUCUUGCAGGCACUGGUGAUCACACAUUUGAGCGCAGGCUUCGGCUGGGUGGGCCUCUUCUUAAGAACAAUAUUGCAACUAUGGUUCUUGAGAGCCCCUAUUAUGGACAGCGACGUCCUAGCAUGCAGCGUGGUGCAAAGCUCCAGUGUGUUAGUGAUCUGUUACUUCUAGGGAAAGCCACAAUUGAUGAAGCUCGCAGUCUCCUGUACUGGCUGCAGAAUGAGGCUGGUUACGGCAAGAUGGGCAUAUGUGGGCUCAGCAUGGGUGGAGUACAUGCUGCGAUGGUGGGAUCCCUGCAUCCUACUCCAGUUGCCACACUGCCAUUUCUCGCUCCACACUCUGCUGUGGUACCUUUCUGUGAAGGGGUCUACAAAUACGCCACAGCUUGGGACGCUUUGAGAAAAGAUGCUGCAGUAUUAACUCAAGAUGUAACACUUUUGGCAGAAGAUGCUGCACAGAAAAGCGGGAUCACCAUCGAACAAGUCAGGGAUAGGUUACGGUCAGUGUUGUCUUUGACUGAUGUCACUCGAUUUCCAGUCCCAAAGAACCCACAGGCGGUCAUCUUUGUUGGUGCAACGGACGAUGGUUAUAUUCCCAGACAUUCAGUGAUGGAGCUCCAGAAGGCAUGGCCAGGCUCAGAGGUCCGGUGGGUAACAGGUGGCCAUGUCUCCUCUUUCUUCCUCCACAACGAUGCAUUCCGCAAGGCCAUCGUCGACGCCCUUGAUAGAUUGUAACACCAGAAGGUGAGAGAGAGGCCAUCCUUGUGAUGGCACUUUAUGUUGUGUGACAUUUCUGAACUUGGGGUUGCGGCAUGAGCUGAACCCUCUGUAACUGCCAACCUAACUGCUCUUAGUGACGCUGAGAUUGGAGGUAGGGUGGCUGUACAUGACAAUUGUAGAAUGUAGCACCCCAUUAUUUGGCAAUUGUUCUGCAAAAUAUUUGUUUGUCACCAUGUAUCAAUUUGAAUGCUACAUCUUCUGAUUGUCUGACAUGCAUGUCAAUCAGCUAGGCAAUUUGGCAGUUUCAGUUAUUAUUCCUUCCUAGUACUAUUUUAUAUUCAUAUUGAUACUGCUGGAUCAGCCACUAUUUAGUUUAUAUACUCCACAGUUACAUGGGUCA